AUGUUUACCACUUACCAAUUCUCGGAGCCUUAUCCCACUGACUAUGCUCUGGAUCCUUUCCAGUCAAGCUAUAGCUACUAUGCAAUGCAACAGGAGCUCAAGAAGUUGUAUCGACAACAGCUCAUUGAACAAGAACGAAGACGCCAGGCGGCUGCUAUGGAGCAAGCCAUCAUUGCUGCUUACGAAAGAGAGCGCAUCGUACGAGCUGCCAAACAAUUAGCCUACCAGCGAGAGGUUGCAGACCGUCGCAGAAGACAAUACGAAGAAUUCUACCAAAAACAGCUACUGAACAAUUUCCUUGGUAAUCUACUAUCCGAAGACAACGAGGACGAGGAAAUGAACGACGAUUGCUGCGCUUAUGAUUAUGAAGCUAUGCAAUGCAACAAGAGAGCCAGACUUUACCACAAGGAACCCAAGCCACUCUACAAACGUCAAGAUACCUCUCCAAGAAAGCUGCAUCAUAGACGAAAAUAUCAACAACAGCAAGAGGACAACGAAGUAUGGCUUCUAGUCCAGCAUCUGAAGUCUGUUGAUGAAAAUGAAGCUGCAGAAGCCUCGCAAUCUACUGCGGCAGUUGCCGAUAAGGGCAAAGGCAAGGCUGUUGAAAGGGACGCAAAUGUAACCAAGGAAACUUUUACUCAGGCUCCUAAAAGUAACGAUGAUCAUCCUUCAGAGGAAAAUACCCCAGUAAACGUGGAAACGGUCUUAAGAAAGCUCAAGACAAUUGGUGAAAAGCUCGAUGUUAUCCAAGAAAAGCACGAGUCUGUCGUGUUGGCCACUCCCUUGACUUUUGAUACAGAAUCCGAAGACCUCUCACGAAGUGCACCAAACAAGGAAUUCUUCUCUUAUGAAGACGAUAUCAUGAAGGUGCUUUUGGAAUUGGAUGCAGUUGAAAGCUAUGGAUUAGAAGAUAUCAGAAACCAACGCAAGGCCCUUGUUGCUAAGUCUGAAAAUUUACUCAAGAUCAUUGACGAAUACAAGCAAAAGGAAUGGGAACGAGCUAGCGCAUCAAGCGGAGCCGAAAGCGAUACUGAAACUGAUAAAGACGUCACUGAGGAUUCACAAGUUGAAGCUCCUGUGGGCACACAAGUCGAAGUCACUGAGGAUGCACCAGUCGAAGUCAUUGAGGACCAAACUGAACCAAUGGAAACGGAAGAACAGGAAACGACAAAUUUAACUGGCCUAGUAAUUGAUGCACCCAAGGAAUCCAAUGUUCAAGAAUCGACUCCUGAGUUAGCUGAAACAUUAGAGACACAAUUGCCAGGAACAAAUGUGGAUGCUACUGAUGAUGAUAUGCAAGUGGAUACCACAAGCGGUGUCAUCGCCGAAGAAGCCACUAGUUCUUCUGUGAAGGAAGUAACCGAUCAUGACCAAGAAGUCUCUGAACCUAUCGAAGAUGAGAAACAACUGCCUGAAGUUCCAUCAGAAGAAGAUCUCGAUUUCGAAAAGAUAGAUAGUGUAACUGCUGCAUCUAAUGAACCAUCAAGUUCAAUUACUAAUCCCACGGAAGCAACGGUUACUGAAGACGAGUUUGACAUGGUUGAUGACCAUGACGUCCAUUCUCAAAAUAGCGCACAGUCAGAGCAACGACCGUCGAACCAAGAACAAACUUCAUCCAAGCCAAUUCAGAUACCAAUACACUGGAGUGAUAACUAA